GUCGCCGCCACUUUCUGUUUGCUGCAGCGAGGUGUACUUGCCUCAGUUCGCGCCAAGCUGCGCUGGGGAGAGGUAAGCGCACACAGUUGUCUUGCAAUUGUGGAUUAAAACAUUCAAAAUGUUAUAUAAAAAAGGGUGUGUGUGGGAAAGCCAGAGCCAGGAGCUGCUGCUGAACUUGGUUUUGUUUUAAACAGGAAUAAAUCAUCGUGAAUCCUGAUUCCUGCUUUUUGGCUGUAUAAAAGGGAAGUUCAGCAUUCAAAGUGUAUCCAUUACUUCACUGCAGCUGGAGUGUCACACUGAUCUCUCUGGUCAUGGACAGCGACAAGGACAGCACAGGCAAGAAGCCCAACUAUGGAACAAACCUUACAAGCAACAAAGACCUGAGGAUCGUGAUGGUGGGAAAGACUGGGGUUGGGAAGAGCGCUGCUGGAAACACCAUUCUGGGUCGACAGUGCUUUGAAUCCAAAUGUAGCGCAAGUUCCAUGACCACUGACUGCUCCAAAGGCUCCAGUAAUGUGGAUGGACAGCAGGUUGCUGUCAUUGACACUCCAGGUCUGUUUGACACCAGGUUUGGAGAAGAUAAAACCAGAAAAGACCUGAGUCAGUGCAUCUGCUUUGCUUCUCCUGGACCCCACAUCUUCCUGGUGGUCGUUGCAAUCGGCAGAUUCACAGAAGAAGAAAAACAAUCUGUGCAAAAGAUUCAAGAAAUCUUUGGAGAGGCAGCAGASAGAUACAGCAUGGUUCUGUUUACUCGUGGAGACGACCUUGAAGAUACCACCAUUGAAGAUUAUUUGUCUGGAUCCCCAGACCUUCAGUAUCUGGUGUCCAAGUGUAACAACCAGUAUCAUGUCUUCAACAAUAGGCUGAAAGAUAAGAAACCUCAGGUCACUGAGCUGCUGAAGAAGAUCAGAAUGAUUGUUGAUAGGAAUGGAGGAAGUCACUACACCAAUGAGAUGUUCCAAGAGGCUGAGAGGGAAAUCGAAGAAAAGAAGCAACGCAUCCUGAAGGAGAAAGAAGAGAAAAUACGUAAAGAAAAAGAAGAACUGGAGAGAAAAAUACAARAGAAAUAUGAGAAAAAGAUGCAGGAAAUGAAGGAAGAAUUAAAGGGUCAACUGGAGGAGAUUGAAGCCAUGAAAAAUCAACUAAAGGAAGAGCAAGAGAAAGAAAUUCAAAAGGAAAAAUCUAACCUGCAGGCCGAGUAUGAAUCCAGAGCCAGAGAGGAAGCUGAACUCUUUAAUCCUCUCUAUCAUCUGGGGAAAGCUGUGGAACACGUUGCCCGGGUCUGUCAAAUGAUGUGAGGUUACAUGUUGUCACCUCGCAGCUGGAUAAAGCAGAACUAAUAAGCAUUUCUUUCUUUAUUGUCUUGAUA